GUCGACGGAGGAACCAAUCUAUCAGUUAAAUUUAGUUGGUCUCAAAAAUUGCUAUAUUCCAAUGGACAGUUCACUUUGAAAAUUCCGUUUAAUUUCCCCGAAUAUGUGACACCUGCUGGAAAGAAAAUGUCCAAAAGGGAAAAGAUACAGCUUAAUGUGAACUCUGUUCCUGGAACAGAAGUUUUAUUCAAGACAACUAGUCAUCCUUUAAAGGAGCAACGGCGGGAAGCAGGAAAGUUGGCUUUCUCAUACGAAUCCGAAGUUGUUACUUGGUCAACCAGUGACUUUUUCUUUAUGUAUACAAUAUCUUCAAAUCACACUGUUGGCGGCGUGCUUUUAAAGUCCCCAUCAUUACUUGACGUUGAUCAAAGGGAAAUGUUCUGCUCCUAUCUCUUUCCAGGAAACCAGCAGAAUGAGAAGGUGAAUUAUACACCGUAUUUCAUGUUUGUUUUGAUAGUUAAUAACUUUAUGGAAGGCAAUUUUAUUGAUGGAAAA